GUCCCAGACGUCAAGUGGGAGGACGUCGGGGGUCUGGAGGAUGUCAAACGAGAGAUUCUAGAUACAGUCCAGCUGCCCCUCAAGCACCCCAACCUCUUCAAAUCUGGUAGUAGUUUGCGGCCCAGCUACAGGCGGGCUGACGCCCCUGCAGGGCUGAAGAGCAGGUCGGGGGUGCUGCUGUAUGGGCCCCCUGGGACUGGCAAGACGCUGGUGGCGAAGGCGGUGGCGUCUCAGUGUUCGCUCUCCUUCAUGAGCGUCAAGGGGCCAGAGCUGAUAAACAUGUAUGUCGGGGAAAGCGAGAAGAACAUCCGCGAAGUGUUCAAGAGGGCGCGAGAAGCUGUUCCUUGCGUCGUCUUCUUCGACGAGCUAGAUUCUCUCGCCCCUAACAGCAGGGGAAAUGGGGCAGACUCAGGGGGUGUCAUGGACCGAGUGGUUUCUCAGCUGCUGGCAGAGAUGGACGGGAUAAACGAGGGAGGAGGAGCAAAUCUCUUCGUUAUGGGCGCGACGAACCGUCCUGACCUCAUUGACCCUGCGCUUCUCCGUCCUGGUCGCUUCGACAAGCUGCUCUACUGUGGAGUCAAGGUCCUGACGGCCCUGACAAGAAAGAUGAGGCUCGAUGCUGACAAGUGGCAAGGAGAUGCUCGAGUGAGGAGCCGAGCUGUACCCCAGCAGCACUUGAUGCCUGGCGCAGGCAACUACACCGGAGCUGACCUCUAUGCUGUCUGCGCCGACGCAUGGCAGAAAGCGGCAGAGCGUCUGAUUCGAGAGGCAGAGGAGGUGAACGGCCCGUCCUCCCAGGAGGGAGGAGGAGGAGGAGGAGGAGGAGGAGGAGGAGGAGGAGGAGGGAGGAAGCCGCUGACCCAUGAAGAUUCGGAUUUUCUCGAAGCUCAAGCAGCUAUCGCUCCCAGCAUCACUGACGAGAUGCUUGCAAGGUAA